UCCAGGCAGAAUACACUGAAGCGGGUUUGCCUCUCACCGCUUCUCUCUGGCAAAAGCUUUGCCGAAAUCUAUCCGUCAUGCCGACGGUGGGCAGGUUUGUGGCGGUGCUUCUGCUGACCUGGAGUAUGAGCUCAGCUGCCCUGCCAGGAGAAGAAAACUUUUCUGCACAGACCAGCAGGGAGCAAUCCAAAGCUCAAAAAAUUCUCGCUUGGAAAAUGCUAGCAGGGCUGCUGAACGGAGUAGAUGUCAAUCGUGACGCUGCGGCUUUUCCCAACUUCGAGGACCCUCUGGAAAGAAAACUGCCGGACGAGCCCUGGAUGCUGGGGCAGACGCCGCACCUCGGCCCGCGGGAUCGCAAAGCUCCGUGUAAAAACUUCUUUUGGAAAACCUUCACUGCCUGCUAACACAUCAUCUGCAGCCUUUCUGGCUUCUGUUGGGUAUGUUUGCCAAUGGGCCAGAAAAGAAGAAGAAGAAGAAAAAUAAAAAUAAAUCAUGGCCUGUAGUUGCUCCUGUCCAUCCAGAAGAGUCUUGA